UUACUCAGGUUUACCGUUAAUGAUGACAUGGUUUGAUAUUCUUAUGCUAUUUGGACUCAAUUGCAUGUUGCUUCCAUGUGAAGGAGUUGUCUAUCCACCAUCUAGUGGAAAAAACCUGAUUUUUCUACCUGGAUCAAAUGCAAAAAUUGAGUGGACAUUUGAUGAUAAAAUAACUAGUGAUGAUUUUCGAAUUUGGAGUUUCACAAGUACGGACGGUUCCUUUAAUUCAAGAAUCCUUGCUUUUAUACGGGGUAAUGGUAACGCUACGAUACGCGUCAGCUUCCCUGUGAUUUCAAUAGAAAAGCCAGCAACAUUAGUUUUAAGGAACGUUGAUCGCCGUUAUGAUGGAAAAUACAGGCUCAGAGUUAGUGCGGUUACGGAAACUAAUUCUGAGGUUAUCGUGAUUAUUGCAGUUGCACCAAAUAUAACAUUCAGUUGUUUCAAUUCAAGUACGGUAAACGAAGGUGAAAAUUUCACAUGUGUAUGUAAAGGAGAAGGUGGCAGGCCGACUGCUAAUGUUACUUGGUAUGAUAAAAAUGGCGUCCAGAUUGGUGUGACAGGAAGAGGAAAACAGUUAUUGACACUAACUAAUGUCGAUAAAACCCACAGUGGAACUUACACGUGCAAAGCUCAAAGCCAUAUCAAUGCAACAGAUAAAAAUUCAAUUGAAAUAAGAAUUAGACUUAUCUUCAGGAAACCAGGAAAAACAAAAAUUAAAUUUACUCCAGAAAAAGUUGUACUUGGUCGAUCAAUAAACAUAACGUGUGAAUCAGAUGGUCAUCCUGAACCAAGUUAUAUCAUAACUCAUAAUGACACAGAGGUCAGCAAUGGGAAAACGUUCACCAUACAUGAUGUAAACUACACUCACGCUGGAAAAUACAAAUGCUUUGCAAAGAAUGAAUUUGGAAAUGACUCUGCCUCUGAUUUCUUAGUCCUAAUCGAACCCGAGCCAGUACGAUCAUCAACAAAUCUGCCAACGACAAAUCAGACGAGCUUGCAGACGAAUCCUGUGACUGCGACUACGCCUCAAGCAGGUGAUGGAUCAGGGAAAAUUUACGAGAAAUGCAAUGGUGAAGUUAGUACUAAAUGGUAUAUCAUUGUUGUGACUUUGGUGUCUGGAAUUAUCAUUGGAGUUCUCUCAUAUGUUGCCGUGUGUUUUCGUCGAAAGUUCAAAAGUAGAAAACCUUCUUCGAACUCUGAACCUCCAACAACUGAACUUGAUCCAAAUUAUCGAGAACUGGACCUUACCAGAAUGAACACAGAAGAUAAUUAUCAAUCACUGAGAGGGGAUGUUGCAAGAAACGACGGUGUUAUUAGCGAUGAAUCAAAUUAUACCGCGUUGGCCGAAGUCAGGGAUGUCGAGAGCAAUUAUCAACCUUUAACUUGAAUCAACAGUUGGCUAGUUCCCUACUCUUUUUUUAAAGAGGAACAAGAAAGAUACAAUUUAUUGGUUUCUUCUUAACUUCCAUAAGAAAGGUCGAUCAUGUUUUUAUCUUUAAACAACUUUUAAUGAUGCUUUUUGGUGCUAUGCGUGAAGGGUUUGAAAUAUUUAGCAGCUACAGCAGACUAAAAGAGUAGCUUUUUCGCUUUUUCUAUUCAUAUUAUUCCCGGAAUAUGAAAUAUCUCGCGCAAGUGUCUUGUCAAGCGCCACAUUUUCAUAAGUAACGCCAAAUCUCAAUAUGCAAAUAAUAAACUGGUCUAAUCAAAUUUUCCGGCCCCGUUUUUGACACCAGCUGAUUUGAACGGACGAUUUUUAAAAUCUGCAAAGAGGGAUUUUGAAUUGCUAUCGUUUAACAGACAGCCUUAAAAUAGUUCGAACAGUGCGCGUAAAAUAUGUCUAAUUUGCAAUAUUGUUCUAAGUAGAAGGAAUUACAAAACACUAUUCAAGGAAUUCUGGACUUGUGUAUGUUCACUUACCAUGCAGAAAAUAAUAUGGUUAUCAACGAGGAAGUAAAACAAGGAUCAAACUAGUUGGAGCCUAGCUAGCUUGACCAGUUCUCACUUCUUGUCUAAACAAAUGUAGUUGCCGUAUAAGAGGUAUGUUAUUAUACUGUAUCAUAGUACCAGUAUAGUACUGCAGGACAUUGAAGGAGUAUUUCUACAAAUUAAAUAAGUUAAAAUUUGUAUUUUCUCUUGGUCAAGACUUUGUAAUUAUGCAUGUUCCUUCCAUGCAUGUUCUGACGGUAACGGCAGCUAUAUGUGAGAAUAGGAUGUAUACUAUAUACGUGCAGUACCGAACGAGCUAGCGCUUUCUUGUUAUAUACUGAGCUUGAUAAUUCGUGUUGAUCUAUAUAGUUUUGGGAGGCUUGCUGGUGCUUUUCGGUUGAGGCGAAUAGUUUAGACACUGUGAUAUUGUUGUGAUAUAUAGCACGAAUAUAGCUACCAAAUUAAUAUCCACAUCAUGAUGCGUGAGCCAGCUUAUAAUUGUGGUAACCAAUGCUUGAUGAACUGAAAUGAAUGGCUAAUACAAACGUCUGAUUACAAAUUUUUCCCCGAGUGAAUACAUGUAAUUAAAAAGGAUUUUAAUUCGAUUGUUAUAUAACAGUGUAUAUACCAGUACUACCAUAUGAAAUACAUGAGUGGGUG